CGCCCUACUCAACGAGGUGACGCCAUCAUCGCAUUGAACUAAGUUCCAAACAGUAAACGUUUGUUAAAAGAGUGAGCAGCCGUUAUAUAACUUUAUGAAUGUGAAACAAGGCUAGUUAUAUAUCUUUUAGUGAGGUCAUAACCAUUUUUAGUUGAGCUGAUUUGACCCACGCGAGCUUCUUUGCGGUUAUUAAACGGUUAAAGUCGUUUAUUAUUUUAGUUGUUUUUGGUUAAAAAUAUAUGUGAUCAAUAUUUAAUGGACAGUGUUUCAUAUUAAAAAUUGUUUAAAAUGUCAACUAAAGCGUCUCGAAAACAAAAUGUGUCGGCGGCAUCGGUAGCACAAUCUCCUGCUAGUAGUGGGCCAUCUGCCAAUGUAUCAUCUUCAGCCGGACGACCUUCUAGUCCAUUAAGUCCAACACGAUUCACACGGAUACAAGAAAAACAAGAUUUACAAAAUUUGAAUGACCGUUUGGCCACAUACAUCGAUCGAGUACGACAGUUAGAAUCUGAAAAUAGUCGACUUACGCGCGAAGUAAGAACAUCUCAAGAAAUUGUUUCUAGAGAAGUAACUAACAUUAAAUCGAUUUACGAACACGAAUUAAGUGAUGCUAGAAAAUUGUUGGAUGAAACUGCACAUGAAAAAGCAAAAUUAGAAAUUGAUGCCAAACGAUUAUGGGAAGAGAAUGAAGAUUUACGUUCAAAACUUGAUAAGAAAAAUAAAGAUUUUUUGAUUGCUGAUAAUCAGGUACGUGUUUAUGAAUUACAAGUGAAAGAUUUACAAACAAAAUAUAACCAAGCAUCAAGCGAUCGUAAAAAACUUGCCGAUGAGUUGAAAGAUUCAGAAAAGGAGGUUGAAAAACUUCGUACUCAAGUUGAUGAGAUACGUAAAUGUCUAGAAGAGGAAACAUUACUUCGAGUUGACUUGGAAAACACUUUACAAAGUCUGAAGGAAGAAUUAACCUUCAAAGAUCAAGUUUAUCAACAAGAAUUGUCAGAAACGCGUAUUAAACGCCAAUCAGAAAUCACUGAAAUUGAUGGAAAACUUGCUGAACAAUAUGAAGCAAAAUUACAAGAAUCCCUACAAGAUUUACGUGACCAAUAUGAAUCUCAAAUGGCAAAUAAUCGUGCUGAAAUUGAGAUGUUGUACGAAACAAAAAUUAAAAGUUUACAAAACGCUGCUCAGAGGAAUUCAAGUGCUACAUCUGCGGCGAUUGAAGAAGUUCGACAAACUCGAACACGUAUGGAUUCAUUAACUACACGAAUAAAUGAAUUGGAAGCUAUAAACACUGCACUUCAAACGCGUAUUCGUGAACUUGAAAAAAUUCUUGAAGAUGAACGCAUACGCCAUUCUGAAGAUUUGGCUGCUUUGGAGGGUGAAUUAGGUCGUCUACGCGAUGAAAUGGCUCAACAAUUACAGGAAUAUCAAGAUUUAAUGGACAUUAAAAUUUCAUUGGAUUUGGAAAUUUCUGCAUAUAGAAAGUUAUUAGAAGGAGAAGAAGCACGUUUAAAUAUUACACCAUCCUCAGCCAGCAUACAUCAAGUUAGCGUCAGCAGAAGUUCCAGGACACCUAUCAGACGCACACCAGUACGAUUAGGAAGCAAGCGUAAGCGUACAGUUCUAGAAGAAAGUGAAGAAAGCACUUUAAAUGAUUACAGCGUACAAUCCUCAGCAAAAGGUGAUAUCGAAAUUAGUGAGAUUGAUCCUGAAGGUAAAUUUGUCAAACUACACAACAAAGGCGACAAAGAAAUUUCAUUAUCUGGCUGUCAAAUUGUACGUAAAGCUGGUGAAUUAGAAACUGUGUUUAAAUUCCACCGUACAGUCAAAAUAGAUGCUGGUGCAACUGUAACAGUUUGGUCUUCAGAUUCUAAUCAAGAACACGAACCACCAUCAAACAUUGUAAUGAAACAACAAAUAUGGUUCUCUGGAGAUAAUACAGUUACAACAGUGAUUAAUUCAAGCGGUGAAGAAAUUGCAAAAUUUGAAAGAGUUAAAAAUAAGUUCAGUUCAACAUCAUCACGGCUACGAGAUUUGUCAUCGUAUGCAGAGGCAGAAGAAUUCCUUCAUCAACAAGGUGAUCCACAAAAUGAAGAUGAUAGAUGUAGUAUUAUGUAAUAAUUUCAUUAAUUUUUAUUUUAAAGAAAAAAAAUUCCCCUUAAUUCUAUGGGAUUUUUGAUUUAUUUUUUGAGAAAAAAAAAUAUUAGUGCAUAACUUGAAAUCUUGAUUCAAGUAUUGAGUUUUUUUCAUCAGAUGUAAGAUUAACAUUUAUUUUUCCGUAUUUCUUUGGUUUUCGCUUGAUACUAGAAUCGAGAAUAUGAAAUGCCUCUUCCAUAGGCAUUUUAAUGUUACGUAAGUAUUUUUUUGAUAGUAGAUGAGUACAAAAAUUUCCUCUAGAAGAAAUAUUUUUUCAAAUAUAAUUUAGACAGAAUUAAAUAUCGCUAAAUGUUAUGCACAUCGUCGAAGAAGAGUAAAGUUUAAUAUGCAAAAACCAUUCUAAAAGUUGUUAAAAUGUCACAAUCGCUAUUAAUGUCACAAUCUGUUAUUUUUAUUAAAUUGACGAUUCAUAACAUACAAUUUCUGUGCUGGAGUGUAUAAACCGUUCUUUUGAACAUGAAAAUACUUAAUUUUAUAAAUGUUUUCUAAAAUGGU